UAAUGAUCCAUUAUUUUUACCGUCCGGUUUCGAUUUAGGGCUCGUUCUAGUCGAGCAUGGAGUGACCGUCGAUAUAGGUCUCCAUGGACGACGCGGCGAUUCAAACUGACCGCGAUCGAGUGUAUCAGAGGCCUUUCUCCAUCGGUGAGUACUCGUAAAUUCGUAAUGAACGUGAAUUAUUCAAUAUUUUUGAUAAUUACAGUGGAAUUAAAAUAUCUGUAGCGUCGAUUUCUUUUGCUUGUAGACGUUUAUUUUGUCGGUGUGGAAUGGAUAAGUGCGGGGUUAUGAUUAAUGGUUUAGCGAAUUCAUCAAGAAUGGUUCAUAAGAAUUAUUUAGUAGGAAUAAAAUCUAGGGCAAACAUCUUUAAAAAUACAAGUCAUUUAAGGAAACUUUCUAUAUGUACAUUAAUACUGGCGAUAAUAUUCUUUAUUAUAAUGGUUAUAUUUAUUUCGUUAUACCUAAACAAAAAAUCCAAAUUAUGCACAUCCAUCGAAUGUCUGCGAGCGGCCAGCAACUACCUAUCAUCGAUGAAUUCCAGCGUCGAUCCCUGCGACAAUUUCUACGAAUUCGUGUGCGGCAGAUGGUCGAACGAGCACCCAAACCACGGCUGGUGGAGCUCCUUCUCCAGCUUCACCACCAUCAGCGAGAAAAUCGCCAUUACCGCCAGAAACGCGCUGACCAAUCCGCCCGAUGCCAGCGAGCCCGAAGCCGUUCGAAAGAGCAAGAAUUUUUACACCUCUUGCAUCGAUUCAGAAACCAUCGACAAUUUGGGUUUGACGACUAUUUACCCUUACUUGGGAAAGUUAAAUUUGCCGAUCGUGCCGAGUUUACUGAACGCCAGCAAUUCUUCGGCGGUGAAAUUCGAUUGGCUUCGAACGGACGCUUUGGCUAAGCAGUACCUAUUGAUGGAUUUGUUCAUUGGGGCGACUGUGGGGCCGAAUAUCUUUAACGGCUCGCAGAACGUGCUAUACGUGGGUAAAAUUUACCAAACGACUCCUCUACCGAGUCCUUUGAAGAAGAGUCAGAAGCCGUUAAAUAAAAGAGAUACAAAUCAGGAAUUGAAAAGAACAGUAAGAAGUAAUAUUAUUAAGUAUUUGAUAGGUCAAGUGGUCUUCAACACUACAGGAACCACGCCAGCUGCCAAUUUGCUGGAAAAUGCCGCUGAUGUUAUCAUGGAUAUAUCCGAUUUUGUCGAUGAGAUCGUUUCUAACACAACCGAUCCGUUCGAAGAAGAAGACGAAACGUACUCGAUACCAAUACGGAAACUCCAACAGGAAAUCGCCGGUAAACAACCGAAAAAUUUCCUAAUCGACUAUUUCAACGAGCUCUUCAAUCGCACGAACGUCACUAUUAACCCCGAUUCCGACCUGGUUUACGUGACCGACGCCGACGUAACUUACCUGAAGACGGUCGUGAAUUAUUUAUCCGAAACGCCGGAUGUCGAGGUCGAGCUCUACACUUGGUGGACGAGCGUUUACGCCAUGAUUUUCAGCACCUCCGACAAUUUUACCGAGCACAUCAAGAAGGAAUUGAACUCGUACGCCCGCGAUCAGGAGAAGAUUGUUCGGUCCAGGUCUUUGGAGUGCGCUUUGCUGACCAAUAACUACAUGGGUUAUGCGGUGAGUUACGCGUUGGCGGACAGAUCCUUCGCAUCGGAUACGAAACCGAAAGUGGAGAUUAUGAUAGAAGAGAUCAAGAACGCUUUCGUGGCUCACGUGAAAGGCAUACGCUGGAUGGACGGGAAAACUAAACGAGCCACAUUAGAAAAAACCAAGGAAAUGCUCACGUUCGUGGGUUAUCCUGAUUGGUUAUUCCAGAAAGGCAAACUGGAUGAGCAUUACAGUGAUUACGUUAUAGAGCCGGGGAGGUUUUUGGAUAACAUGGUAAGCGUGAUAAAUUCGCACGCGAUAGACAAUUUGAAUUCUUUGAGAAAAACGCACAAAAGGGACUGGUACACUGAGCCGACUGAAGUAAAUGCUUUCAAUUCGUUUUCCGAUAACGCUAUAAAUGUACCGUUCGCGAUUCUGAAUUUUCCCUUGUACAAUUUAGGUCUCGAAGCGUUGAAUUAUGGCGCAAUUGGGUCGAUUUUAGGGCACGAAAUCAUCCAUGGAUUCGAUAAUAUAGGAAGAAAGCACGAUAAAUACGGCAAUUUUAUACAAUGGUGGACGAAUCAAACGAUAGAAUCCUUCGAAGAUUUAACGGAUUGUUUCGUCAAACAGUACGAUAAUUUCACCAUAAAAGAAGUAGGAGAGGUCAACGGGAGAGCCACGUUAGGUGAAAAUUUAGCGGACAAUGGCGGUUUGAAUCAGGCGUACAAAGCGUACGUGAAUUACGUGCGUAAAAACGGGGAAGAACCGAGACUGCCAGGGUUUCAAAAGUACAAUAAUUACCAAAUGUUUUUUAUAGCGUAUUCCAGCAUUUGGUGCGAGACGAUAAACGCUUCAGAUUUGGAAGAUCAACUGGAAUACGACGAGCACUGCCCGAAUUUCAUAAGAGUUUUGGGAUCUCUGCAAAAUUCCGAGGAUUUUUCCAGAGAAUUUCAUUGCCCAAAAGGGAGCCCGAUGAAUCCUGAUGUAAAGUGCAAAAUAUGGUAAAAUAGUUAAUAAAAUGUUUUUAGAAAAAAAUGUGUGGAUUUUAAUGAGUUUUAUGAAUAAAAACGACGGUUUAUUACACAUUUUUUUAUUAAGGCAAUUGUGCUUGUUACGUAAAUAAAAAUAACAUAAUUAAAUCAAAUCGAAUAAAAAUGAAAAUACGAAUAUUUUUUUUUUCUAAUAUCUAAAUAACAAUCACUGGAAUAGUGUAAAAUGACAAAGCAAAAAUAACAUAAAAAAACCAUUUCAGCUUAGCUUAACUUACAAAUUAACCACGACUAGCCCAAAAUAUAGCAAUUUUUGUAUUUUAUUCUGUUUAUUGCAUUCUAAAAUCGUCUAUUUCUAGAAAAUUUUUAUCCUACCACUUUUAAACUUAGUACCUUAGUUUAAUAUUCCGAUAUUUACAAAUUACACCUAAUAUGUAUCUAUUAAAUCAAUGUACAGCUGCAUUCAACACAAAAAUAAUUAAACAUUAAAGUUGAUUACACGUAUAGAUUUAUAAUUUGCAAAUAUCGAGAACUUACACAAACUACAAUAGUUUUUAAGCUCUCCCGUCAAAAGUAAGAAAUUAAUUUCAAAUUAUCCGCUUAAGAAAAUUCAGUGUAAUGUUAAUCGAGUUCGAUUUUAUUAAAAAAUACUUAGUUGUAAUUAAAAAUAAUGAGGAAUAACUAAGGCAAGUUAAUAAAAUAAUACUAAAAUUGAUUCAACAAAUCUUCUGAGUAUAGUAAAAGAACAUUAAAAUAGGCAAAUGAGGUUUGAAUAUUUUUAAUAAAACACGAACUCUACAAUAUUCAAGCACUCUUCUAAAUCUGUAUAAAUAUAUAAUCAAUAAAUAGAACAUUUUUCCACUUAAAUAUAAUAGCUACUCUACAAUGAAAAAUUCAGGCAAGUAAGAAGGUCGACAACGGUCGUAAUUUAUUUGCAUUCUUAUUAUUUCAGAAAUAAAAUAGAUGUUAAAUUCCUACAAUCGAUAAAUUAUUAUUUCCCGAGCAGAUCUCGUCACUCAAUCGAACAAAAAAUAAUUUAAAGAGAAAGUUUCGAAGUGUAAAUGAAAAUAAGUGAGAAGUUUUCCCAACUAGCUUUUAUCACAUCUUCCCAUAUAAAUUUAGAAAGUUCAAAAGAACUACUCGCACGCAUUCUAAUAUCCUUUUCAAAUAUCCAUCGAAUAAGUUGAUUUAACUUUUGUAGACUUUUAUUGGUCCAUUGUCACAUCGAAAUUAUACACGCAUAAUUCCAUCAAAAUAGCUUCAGAAAUUUUUCCCUCAACGAUUUUUGGCAACGCGCUCUAUCACUCAUCAACUCACCAUCAUACGAAUAAAUAAAGGUUUUAAAAAUUCUUGCACACUAAUCAAUUUUGCAGUGAAAUUCACAAAUAAGAUAUUCGUAGAACAAAACCCCGUUGUCACAUAAAAAUCAUUUCAUAUCGACGAUAAACUGGAGAGAAAUACAGCAUUUUACUAAACAGUUAAACCUACUUGGAAAGCUGAAUCGUGUAUAAUAAGCAAACAAAUUAAACACGUUGAGUAUUGUUCACCUUAAAGUCUCUGUCUGAAUUUUUAAAGGCUUUACAGAAAAUUUCGGAUUUGGCUUUUCAGAGGAACACCAUCCUAUACACACAAGGUGAUGUAAUAACGAUACAUACGGCAAAAAUUUAGGAAUUAAAAAAAUAUACACAACGUUCAAGUAUAAACCAUUUUAUUAUUAUUAGACCACCCUGUAGAGCGAAACACUCGAACGUUUUCUACGGAAAACGUCUUUACCCUUACCUUCUAAAAAAAUCGGUGAUGUAAAAUUCAUUUCUAUUAAAAACCACGGCGCGCCAAAACGGAUCCGUCAAAAGCGCGACGUCCGUUUUGGUCACGCGAUAAAUGCACAGAGAAAAGCUUGACCUUUCUUCAAUCGUUAAAAUUAGUUGCUUUGAUUUACGUUUUAAAGAAGCCGUAGAAGUUUAAAAUGCACUGCAAGUUUUAAAAUAAGCGAACCCGCCUCUUCAUGUCGCUCCUCUUCCACUGCGGCAUGCGGUAGAAAUCCGAUCUCGCCACGCCGAAACACGCCUCGAACUCUUGAUCGGACAAAUGUCUCUGAA